AUGGAAAAUGUAACAUUUGUGACAUCUUUUACAUUAACGGCAUACACUGAAAUGGAAGACUUUACAUAUGUAUACUUUACAGUUUUUCUUCUGUUGUACAUGCUGAUUGUAUUUGUGAAUUUAGUUCUGAUUGUAGUAAUUUACAUUCAGAGAUGUCUGCAUGAAGCCAUGUAUUUCUUUAUGUGUAACUUAGCAGUGAAUGGACUGUAUGGUGGCACAUCUUUAUUGCCAUCACUGCUGGGUCAUUUAAUCUCUCAUAAUUAUGAAAUAUCUUUGUCCUGUUGCCUAUUACAGAUCUUUUGUUUACAUACAUAUGGUUCAGUUGAAUUUACUACUUUAGCAGUGAUGGGUUAUGAUCGGUAUAUUGCCAUUUGUUACCCUUUACAUUAUCACCUCAUCAUGUCUCCGAGAAAGUCAUAUAUACUUAUUACAUUGGCCUGGAUUUACCCCUUUCUUUGUUUUGGCCUGUAUUUCAUAUUAACAGUACAACGUACAUUUUGUGAAAAGUUCAUAGAAAAAGUGUAUUGUAUCAAUUUUGCAUUAGUAAAACUGUCUUGUCUUGAUACCUCCAUUCAGAGCAUUGUUGGACUGAUAAUCACUGGUUUGUUACUUGUUCCACAGCUCCUCAUGAUACUAUUUUCUUAUGCCCAAAUACUCAGAGUCUGCCUGCAUGCUUCUAAGGAAUCUCAAGCCAAAGCUAUUCAAACGUGUGCCCCACACUUACUGGCUGUGAUAAACUAUUCUAUUGGAUGCUUAUUUGAAAUCAUCCAAAGUCGGUUUAACAUGAGUCAUGUACCUUUUCAAGUUCGCAUAUUCAUGUCCCUUUACUUUCUGAUAAUUCCUCCCAUUUUGAAUCCUGUCAUUUAUGGAAUAAGCAUUCAAGCCAUAAGAGUUCAGGUUUUCAACCUCUUCAGUAGUAAGGAAAAUAGGCUGAAUCCACUACAGCUCAUGAUGAAGUAG